CCUAAUCAGGGAGAAAAUCACACGGUCGUCGGUUGCCUCCCAGGUCUCCGGACGUAGCCUAGCGGGCUAGCAUGUUAACGAUAUCGACUCCGACUGGCGACGCGCUACCUAGCAGGUUAGCAUGCCAGCGUUAGCAGCUCCUGCUACUAUUAUGCGGCUGGUUGGUUAGCUGGUCAGUUAGUUGGUACUAACUGAUAACCCUUGAACCAACUUGCCAAGUACUCGUACUGACUCACAGAUAACUGGUUAGAGAACGAGAGGGCUGAGUUGCUGGGUGUACUGUCUAAGACUCCGUAAGAACGUUUUCAUCGGUAAACUUUAGCUUAUGUGGAUGCUGUAGCCUCAGUAGACAUUGGAGUUGUUGAGCUGGAGGGGGCACCAUGGAUUACGAGAGACGAAGCGGUCGGGGAGACCGCAUGGGUCGCUAUGGCAAUGACUUUGAACAUGACUACAGAGACAUGGACUACCGAGGGUAUGGGCAUGAGGAUGAAGAGCCUGGGGAAUCCUAUGAGGACAGGGGGCCCAAUGAAAGACUGUACAGGCGAGAAGAGAGAGCAGGUGCCGGGGUCAGAGAGUACAACAGCGGGCUCUUCCCUGACGGCCGGCUGGGUUUCCGGCAACGAGGACCGAGGGGGGAAGACGGCAGGGUGGGAAAUGACUUUGCACGUGGCCUCCACUCCCAGACCCACUCCAGAUUCCGCCGGGGGGACCACUCCUACGAAUUUGACCGAAAGCAUGAAGACCAUCGCAGGGAGUACCGACCAUUCAGGCCAGGGCAGGACAUGGCACCUGGAGGUGUUUACCCAGAGGAGGAUGAAGACCUGGGGGAGCUGGAGGAGCAAGGAAGCUGGGGCAGGAUGGAUGCCAGCGCCCCCUCUGGCCAGGAGGAAUAUGUAGGAAUGAGACAAGAGGAGGACAAAUACAACCAGGGUCCAGACAAGAGAGCGGAUUUCUCAGAUGUGCCGCAGUCCCGGGGAAGCAGCGAGAGAGGAGAGGGUGGGUACCCUGGUGGCCCAGAGUCCUCAGUUGAUUCAGACCUUCGUGACCAGGACUACAGGGCUGAUGUGGACCCCAACCAGAGGCCCAGUAACAUUAUCAUGCUUCGGAUGCUGCCUCCCAAUGCAACAGUCAAUGAAAUCCGCUCCCAGCUGCAGAAGCAGGGCAUCCAGCCCCGAGAAGUGCGUCUGAUGAGGAACAAGUCUUCAGGUCAGAGCCGAGGAUUCGCCUUCGUCGAGUUUAGUCACUUGCAGGAGGCCACCCGCUGGAUGGAGACCAACCAGAGGGUCCUCACCAUCUUGGGUCAGCGAGUCUCCAUGCAUUACAGUGACCCCAAGCCCCGUGCCAACGAGGACUGGUCCUGCAACAAGUGUGGAGUGCAGAACUUCAAAAGGCGAGAGAAAUGUUUCAAGUGUGGGAUCCCAAAAUCAGAAGCAGAAGUUAAAUUACCCGUGGUGCAUAAAGAAGCACUAUUAGGCCAGCCAAAGGAGUCAGGAGUUCAGGGCUUGCUGCCGCUGCCCACUAUCUACACCCCAGCUGCCCCUAUUCUGCCAUUGGCAGUGCCUGCCCAGCCGGUGGAGGUAGCCAAUGACACUCUGAUCCUGAGGAACCUUGGACCUCACACUGCCCUGGAGAGCAUCCUGACUGCCCUGGCACCUUUCGCUACACUGUCCCCAUCGAAUGUGCGCCUCAUCAAGGACAAGCAGACGCAGCUCAACCGUGGAUUUGCCUUCCUGCAGCUCAGCACCAUCGUGGAGGCAUCCCAGCUGCUCCAGAUCCUGCAGGCCCUGCAGCCACCACUGACCAUCGAUGGGAAGGUCAUAGCUGUGGAGUAUGCCAAGGGCUCCAAGCGUGACGUGUUCCUGACAGACAGCAGCCGGGUCAGUGCGGUCACCGCAGCCAGCACAGCCAUCGCUGCAGCUCAGUGGGCCGUCACUCAGACAGCACAAAAUGCUGCCACUACAUCACAAGGGGGCGAGUACAGCCUGUACCAGCAGGGGGCAGACGUGGGCACGUACACCCAGGAGGGGCAGGAGAUUCCAGGGUCGGAAGGGCAGGGAUAUGAAGGAGGGCGUGUGACAGGGGCUGGAGCUGUGCCAGCUGCUCCUGGGGCUGGACUGAUGGGAGCAUAUGGAGGAUCCACAGCAGCUACAGCUGUAGCAUCCUCUGAACCAGAGGCACCAGGAGUGGAUGCUUGCCAGGGGCCUCUGGGGGCCACAGCAGCCCAGGCACCCUCCACCCCUGGGGCCACGCAGUCUGCACAGGCCGUACUCUAUACCCAGGCCCCCACGGCCCAGAAGACUGAGAUCAUUGGGAAGCCCCAGCCUGCGGCCCCCAGACAGCCAGCGACCCCCGGCACGCCAUACGAGUAUCAGCAGUACCCUGUGCCAGAUGUGUCCACCUACCAGUACGAUGAGAACUCUGGCUUCUACUAUGACCCGCUGACUGGCCUGUACUACGACGCCACCUCUCAGUAUUACUACAACUCCCACACCCAGCAGUACAUGUACUGGGAUGGGGAAAAGCAGACCUACACCCCAGCUCCCGCUCAGUCCUCCACGGAGACUUCCUCCGAGUUCCCACCCUGCAACCUGGCUUCUUCCAGCAAGGAGAAGAAGAAACCGAAGACCAAGACGGCUCAGCAGAUUGCGAAGGAUAUGGAACGUUGGGCCAAGAGCCUGAACAGGCAGAAGGAGAACAUGCGCUCAAGCGCUUCCACCUCCUCCCUGCCGGGCCGCGCCGAUGACAGGAAGGAGUCCGCCAGCGCCGACGCCGGAUAUGCCAUCCUGGAGAAGAAGGUCGUGCCUGUCCCCCCCAUCCCACCCGGCACCCUGUUGGAGAGGCCGCAGACCCUGAUGGACCAGCUGAAACGAGUGGAGGAGAGAGGGAAGAGCAGCCCCCCUCAGGGCCUGGUGGCCGCCUACAGUGGCGAGAGUGACAGCGAGGAAGAGGGUGGCGGGGAGAAGGGGAGCGUGGACAAGGAGGAGAAACUGACGGACUGGGCCAAACUGGCCUGCCUGCUGUGCAGGAGACAAUUCCCCAGCAAGGAAGCCCUUCUCCGGCACCAGCAGCUGUCGGAGCUGCAUAAGCAAAACCUGGAGCAGAGGAAGAGUCGGCAAGCAGAGCAAGACGGCUCAGAGAGACGGGAGGGUGAGCUGAAGUACAGGGAUCGAGCUGCAGAAAGGAGGGAGAAGCUUGGUGUUCCAGAUCAGCCAGAUGCCAAGAAGAUGAAGUUCAGCCCCCUUGAUGGAGUGUCAGAGACCACCCUGCAGUGAUGCUGUGCGGUAGGGCACAGAAGAGCUUUGCAGUGCACAGCAAGGAGAGCGAUGGGGUUCCCAGUACUCCCAGUACUCUGGGAGUACUCGUCUCUGCUGACCCGUCCUGAGUGUCCAUCCUUCUUCACGCCCCACGUCAUAUGGUGCGAUGGCACCGCAAGCAGUAUGGAUUCACAGCGGGAGCAGCGACUGUCCUUCCGGAACCUUCCUAAGCUUCGGAUGUGCCCUGUGUUGGUGUGAGGAGACGUGAGCAGAGAGACUGUUGCUGCCUUAGCAGACGUGUGGUAGCAUCGUGCCGUAUUUACAGUGCAUCUGUUCAGUACCGCUAUACAUUUCAAGUCGAUGUACAGCCAACGUGCAGGGACCUGUGCUGUGUAAACUGAGCAGCCCUCUGGGUCUACACGUGCAUCAUUUACAGUGCGUUUACAGCAAGUGGUGGAGCGCCGAACGCUGCUGUCCAGCUGCUGCCUUUUCAUUAAAAGUGUGUCUGUCCGUGUCCCUCUAUGUGUUUGUUUGGUGAUGAUGGGUUAAGGUUUCUUCCUGCUUGGUGUGACAGUGACAGGUGACAGUGUAUUCGGGUGUCACCCACAUUGUUUACAUGUUUUUCCAGGUUGGAAUGAAUCGCAAAUGUGACUGCUUUCAUACCUGCAUUUUCCCUCUUCAGUCUUUAUACGUGCUGCCCGCAGUCUCGACGUACUGCUGUCAGUAAAGUGAAAAAAGUUUGAAUGGGUAUAAGUAGCAUAAAAUUGGCAUAAAUUACAUGGCAUUUAGUUUAGUAACCCUGGGCAGGUGUGUCUUCGGCUGUCGUAUUUCCUCUAAAAGCCAGCGUUACCUGUUACACGUGCUAACCCUUUUCUGGGGCUGUUUAUAUUCAGCCGGAAGGAUGGCACAAUGUGCACCUCUCUCCCUCAGUCCUGCGAGCGCGGCUCUGGUGCCACCUGGGGCACGUGCAUCUCGUCUUCUGUGCCCUCUUCUGUCCUUAUGGCCUCCACCCCAGCUGCAACUCUCUGCCACUAUCGUCCCAGUACACAAGAAAAUGUCUAAUGCAGUCAAAGUUAAUGAGAUUUGAGAACCUAAGCUUCAUUUGUACUGUGGCAGCCAAAAUGACGUACUACAAGAAAUGUUAGUAGUUUUGUAUUUUUCAAAGCAUGUAAACUAUGCAUUAAGUGAUCCGUAUCGCCCCUCAGAAUGUAGUGUUCCGUGUUGCACGCUGAACUCGAGCCUUGUGCAUCGGUGCUGACACUUCCAUGUACGGGCAUGUUGUUGUACAAUUUGUGUAUAUAUUUUUCCUGUAAGUAAUCAGUUGGUUAUUAAGUUAUUGGUUCCAGAUGUUUUGUCUUCUGGCCCAAGCAUUCUGUGUAUUGUUAAUUAUGGCAGUGAUUGUUCACUUUGUAAAUGUACAUUUGAGUUCAAAGGUCUAACUUUUGUGUUUAACAAUUUUGCUGCUAUGUUAUUAACCAAUGAAACAUUUAUAUUUUUAUCUUCGAUUGUAAUUUGAUCUUUUUACGCAUGCCUUUUUGGCGACUCAAAUUAAUUUACUUUACGUGUAUCCUAAUUGCGUUUGUUUUGUCUCGGAAGUUUGUUAUAAUUAAAAAUGAGUAUAAGCAGGA